AUGGUCGGAGAUAAUCCGAGAGAAUGGUGGAUUGACACUGGAGCAACCCACCACAUUUGUGCUAACAAAUGGAUGUUCACCACCUAUGACACUGUCACCGGAGAAAGCUGCUAUAUGGGAAACUCUGCUGCAUCCAAAGUGGAAGGCAAGGGUUCAGUCAAUUUGAAGAUGACAUCUGGAAAGAAGCUGACGCUCACUGAGGUUCUUCAUGUGCCAGACAUUCGCAAGAACCUGCUCUCUGGAUCUGUGAUGUCAAAGAAAGGCUUUAAGCUAGUGUUUGAAUCUGAGAGAGUUGUAGUGUCAAAAGAUGGUGUGUAUCUGGGUAGAGGUUAUCUAGCAAAUGUUAGCUACGACGGUCUAGAAGACAGAGAAAUACAAAACAUAUUUCUUGAUAUUGCUUGUUUCUUCAAGGAGCAAGAUAAAGAUCACGUGACCGGAUUGCUAGAUGGUUGUUAUCACGCUGCGUCUUAUGGGUUAAGUGUUCUCGAUGAUAAGGCACUUAUAAAUUUAAGAAGGAACAUGAUUGAGAUGCCAGAUCCGCUGCAAGAGCUUGGUUGGGAUAUUGUCAUACAAGAAUGCGAGUCAGAGCCUGGGAGAAGGACUCGAUUGUGGAGACCUGAUGAUGUUCACCGCGUUCUCAAAAGGAAUAAUUUUGGCUCUUUACAGGGUACAGAGGCAGUCAAAGGAAUAUACUUGGAUUUGUCAAAAGUAAUGAAGUUGGACAUAAAACCGGAUGUCUUCGAGAAGAUGUACAAUCUCAGACUCCUUAAAUUCGAUAACAGCAAAGGGGUAAACACUAAAGUGUGUCUGCCACAUGGCCUCGAAUCUCUUCCUGAUGAGUUAAGGUACUUAUGUUGGCCUGAAUUUCCACUGAAGCACCUGCCCUCUGAAUUUUGUCCAGAGAAUCUUGUUGAGCUUGACAUGAGACAUAGCACUCUUAACAGGCUCUGGAGCGGUGCUCAGAACCUGGGUAGCUUAAAGAUUUUAAAUUUGGACUGGUCAGAGAAGCUGAAAGAAUUGCCCGAUCUAUCAGGGGCCCAAAAUCUUGAGCGGAUUGAUCUGUAUGGAUGCUGUCAGAUUGAUGAAUUCCCUAAGAUCCCAAAAAACAUACAAGAAAUAAAUAUGGGUGGGACCGCAAUAAGAGAAGUGCCUUCUUCAAUUCAACAUCUCUCCAGACUUGUCAAACUCAAUCUAUUCCAUUGUAAGAGACUCGAGAAGCUUCCAGAUACUUUGAGCAAUCUAGAAAGCCUUGAAGAUCUGACUCUAUCAGAAAGCAGAAACAUAAAAAGGUUACCAGCCCUUCCGAGGAAAAUAAAACUCCUUGACUUUGAUGGUGUUGGAGUGGUAGAGCUUUCCCCCUCAAUUGGUUCUCUCCACAUGCUAUCUCGUCUUGAUCUUAGGUGUUGUGGGAACCUUAUGUUUUUACCCAGCGACAUUUGGAAGAUGCAAUCUCUUAAGUCCUUAAGUCUUUCUGAUUGCUCAAAGUUGGAAGAAAUUCCAGAAGUUCUGGAGAGUACUUAUCUAGAAUCGCUCGAAUUGCCGGAGUUUUGCCGUCGUCAACAACCGCCGUCCCCAACAUUAAGCAGAACAGCCAUAAGAGAAUUGCCCUCUUCAAUUGAAAGGCUUCUCAAACUUGAGUAUUUGAAGGUUAACGACUGCCGAAAUUUCUCUGUGCUACCGGCGACAUUGUGGAAUCUGGAAAAGUUAGGAUCAUUAGAUUUUAGUGGAACAACCGUAAAACAACUGCCGCCCAUUAAAGAGGAGACGACGAGGCUCACCGGCUUGCGUAUUUCGGGAUGUGAUAGUCGAGACCCUGUGGCAUUAUCAGUUCCUCCCUUGUCGAGAUUAUGUUCUCUGACGACCCUUGAAAUGUCGAAUUUGCAUAUUGAGCAGAUCCCUGAGGACAUUGGUCGUCUGACAUCAUUGAUAAAAUUAGAUUUGAGUCUAAAUGACUUCAAAACUUUGCCUGCUAGUAUCAAGCAUCUUUCGAACGUGGGAAGUCUGGACCUAAGCUACUGCAGGGGGCUUGAAUCAUUGCCAGAGGACAUUGGUUGUCUAACAUCGUCGCGGAGCUUAAAUUUGAGAGGAAAUGACUUCAAAACUUUGCCUGCUUCUAUCAAGCAUCUCUCGAACCUGGGAAGUCUGGACCUAAGCUACUGCAGGGGGCUUGAAUCAUUGCCUGAGGACAUUGGUUGUCCAACAUCAUUAAAAGGAGAAGAAAUACCCAGUACUUUGAAAUACGCUAUGUAA